AUGUCGGAGUAUUCUACAGGAGGAGGAGAAGAUUUAUCACUUCCCAAGGCCACGGUGCAGAAGAUUAUUGGGGAGAUCUUGCCCAAGGACAUUGCGAUAUCCAAGGAUGCGCGAGAGGCGAUCACCGAAUUGAGUAUUGAGUUUAUUAUGAUAUUAUCAACCCAACUGAAUGAUAUUGCCGAAAAGGAAGCCAAAAGAACAAUUGCAUCAGACCAUGUCAUAAAAGCAUUAGAAGAAUUGGGAUUUCAUAAUUAUUUAGAAAUAAUUAAUAAAGUAUUAGAUGAACAUAAAGAAUUAUUAAAGGGUAAAGAGAAAAAAAAUAAUAAAUUUCAAAACUCCGGACUUUCAGAAGAAGAAUUAUUAAAACAACAAGAAGAAUUAUUUAAAAAAUCAAGAGCUCGUUUACAAAAUAAUUCAACUAGUGAAGAAGGUGAUGUUAAACAAGAAAUUAAACUGGAAAUUUAA